GGAGUACAUGGAAUACCCGGUGAAAGUUUAGACAAAAAUGGCACACCUCGUAGGAACAGUGUCAACCAACUUGUCUCAGUCUACGAUCAACCAAAUACUCAAGGCUAGCAGCGUGAAUCUGCAACAAAGAUGCGGAAUAACAUCAAAAAUGCAUGGCGGAAAAUACUUAAAGGCGGAGAUCGUUAGAAAGAAAGGAAAGAAUCUUGUGAGUGACCCUAUAUUCAACAAGGGACUGGGGUUCCCUAAAUCAGAGAGGGAUCGUCUAGGGAUCAGAGGUCUUGUUCCUCCUACACAAUUGAAUCUGUCAGAGCAAGAGAGUGUUAUAAUGGAGGAGUUUAAACUCGGCUGGGCAGCCAGAGCUGAAAGGGAACCUGAUGAUGAGAUUAUCAAAAGUGGGGUAAAUCCCGACAAUAUUAGGAAGUGGAAGGUACUGCAGAGUGUACAGGACAGGAAUGAAACCUUAUUCUACAGAUUGCUUCAAGACAACUUUCUUCAGAUGGCUCCUAUUAUCUAUACUCCAACUGUAGGCUGGGCUUGCUCUCAUUUCUCCCAUCUUUACAGGCGUCCACGUGGUAUGUACUUCUGUCCUGACGACAAGGGGGAGAUGGCAAGCAUGGUUUAUAACUGGGAGAGCGACGAGGUGGACGCAGUUGUUGUUACUGAUGGAUCCAGGGUUCUUGGUUUAGGAGAUCUAGGGAUAGGAGGUCUAGGAAUCUCUAUCGGAAAACUAGAUCUCUACGUCGCCGCUGGUGGUUUCCAUCCUAGGCGAGUUCUUCCCUGUGUUAUUGAUACUGGAACUGCAAACAAGAAACUUUUGGCCGACCCAAGAUAUCUUGGUCUCAAGCAACCCAGAAUGGAGGGCGAGGAGUAUUAUGAACUAAUUGAUGAAUUCAUGGCUGCAAUCAAGCUCCGUUGGCCCCGUGCUCUCAUUCAGUUUGAAGAUUUCCAAUCCAAGCACGCGAUCAAACUGCUUAUGAGGUAUAAGCAGGAUUAUCUGAUGUUCAACGACGACAUUCAAGGAACAGCUGCAACUGUUCUGGCCGGUCUCUACGGAGCACUCCGAGUUCAGGGUUUAGGCCCUGAGGCUCUAAAGGACCAGAAAUUUGUUAUUUGCGGUGCUGGAUCUGCAGGCAGUGGUGUUCUUUUAACAAUACGGAAUGCAAUCACAAAAAGCUAUGGUUUGAGUAAAACUGAAGCUGGGAACAGAUUCUGGAUUAUUGACGACAAAGGACUUAUAUCCAAGUCAAGAUCUAACCUGGCAGAGAUGGAGGAUCUGUUCUACGAUCUCUCAAGCUUUGCCGUUGACGAUCCUGCCCUUGAAGGAAUGGGAUUGGUUGAUACAAUCAAACUUGUGAAACCUAAUAUUCUUAUUGGCUUGUCUGGUUGUGGUGGUCUCUUCACUGACGAAGUUCUGACAACUAUGGCAGAGAAUUGUCCUUCUCCUCCGGUCAUCUUUCCUCUUUCCAACCCAACAUCCAGGUCUGAAUGUACAGCAGAGCAGGCCCAAAGAUGUACAGGUGGUCGGGCAAUCUUUGCUAGUGGAUCUCCAUUUGAUGAUGUUACCAUAGAGGGAAGUGUUGUCGCCUCCUCUCAGUGUAAUAACAGAACGGGUUUACCCCAUGAACCAGAAUUGAUCCCAGGUUCUAUCAUCGCAUCCUCCCAAUGUAACAACAGGUAUAUCUUCCCUGGUCUGGCACUGGGAGCUGCUCUGGGACAAACUGGUGUUGUAUCCAAUGCUAUGAUUAACAGAGCUGCUGAGGCUCUAGUCGAGUUAAUCGAAGAGGAGGACUUAGCACGCCGCGCCACUUUCCCAGAAACAGCUGAUAUCAGAGAUAUUUCCUGCCACCUAGCGGCCAGAGUUUUCGAGCAGGCCAUUAAUGACGGCAUCAAGGCUGGCAACAAAUUAAUGUUUGACGCAUACAAUGAGGGUGGGUUAGAUGGACUCAAGGAGUAUAUUCACUCCAAGAUGUGGGUUCCUGACUACCGUCCACUAGUUUAUCUUCCACCUGGAAAGGGAGAAUAAACAGACCACGGCACGUUCUUAAACCUUAACAUCUGGAUUCCAGAGGUUUCUAUUUCUGGACACCCUUCAGGGGAUCAGAACACACAGACCUUUUUAAAAUAGACACAAUUGGAUAUAAUAUUUAUCUUAACAACUUACUCUUUGAACAUUCAGACAGUUGAUAAUGGAUUUAUACAUUGUUAUAUUUGUCGCCUAUUGCCAAAAAGUAGCAACAUAGCCAUUUUCAGAUUUAAAUUUCUAGGUGUUUUUUUUCAGACUGGGUUUUCUCAUAAAGACCUUAUUGAAAGUAGUCAUGCAACGUUUUUCAGUGAACACUAAAAAGUUAUUUAAUCUAUUGCGCUAUUUUAAUAAUGAUUAAAUCUAUAUGUAUUAUGUAUUAUGUUUUAAAGUUGUGCGGACAUUUAUCAAAUAGUUUAUUGAAUGAAUUAAAACUUUUUUUUAUGUGA